AUUUUGGCCAUUAUAAAUUUUGCAGAAGCUCGCAGAAGUCGCAACAAAUAAGGAGAGCGGUGAAAAAAUGUAAUCUGAAUCGCUCGUGCUCAACAAAAUAUGCUAUUUUUUGACUAAGGUACAUCAAACCAAGCUUUGUACCUUAACUCUGACAGCAUGGAUCUUGGGGAUGGUAGCUCAAGCCAUACCCUCAUGCCGCAAUCUACAAGCUCCACUGGUCUCUUCAACUACUCGGGGUUUGAAGACGAUGUGACCAAGGAGUCCUCACACCUGUCUGUGGAUGCUGGUAGUUUUCCGUCAAGUAAUGGCGCCAACAUGACCAGUAGCCUGAGCCAGUCUAUGACCAACCCUGAGAUCAUCACGGACAUCUCACAAGUUGAGAUUCUUCAGCAAGAUAAUUCCCAAGAUGCUCCAGAGGCCAACAAAGAAGAGACGACAAAAAGCAAACCUGGUUGGACUAAGGGCAAGAAGCGACGGAGGUUGAAGGACGUCAACGCCCCGCGAGCUCCGCUGACCGGCUACGUCCGCUUCUUGAAUGACCGACGGGAUAAAGCGAGGGCUGACAACCCUAACAUGUCGUUCGCCGAGAUCACGCGCAUGCUGGGCAAGGAAUGGACAACACUGUCACAGAGUGAGAAACAGUGCUAUCUUGACGAGGCAGAUAAAGAUAAGGAAAGAUACGUCAAGGAGCUGGACCAGUACCAGCAGACAGAGGCCUACAGAGUCUUCACAAAGAAACAACAGGAGAGGAAAAAGAAGGGAGAAGCAGGGGAGGAGGGUGAGACCCAGACCAACGGAACCGGACUAGAGUACACAGACGAAAUUCGGAUGGAUGACGAGUUACCAGGUUUUGACGUUCCCAUUUUCACUGAAGAAUUCCUCAACUACAACAAAUCUCGUGAGAAUGAGCUACGCCAGCUCCGCAAGUCCACGACGGAGUACGAAGAGCAGAACGCCAUCCUCCAGAAACACAUCGACAACAUGAAGGCUGCCAUCUCCAAGCUAGAGACAGAGGCUGUGCAGCAGCGGAACACCAACAUGACGCUGCAGCAACACCUGCAGGCGCUGCGGGUCUCUCUGACCACAAGCUUUGCUGUCAUCCCCCUCCCUGGAUCAGAAGAGACCCCAACUUUGGCCACCAUCGACACCUACAUGAACAAGCUGCAUCAGCUGAUUCUGGACUCCCCACAGGAAAAUGCCAAUCUCAUUGCCAUGGUCAGGGAGAUUGUAGGCAAACUGGACCUACAGAGUGAUCCCAAGUUAUGACCUUCAUAUGUCAACCGAUAUGCAACAGGAUCUGCCAAUCAAGUCUAUCCGCUCCCUGUCUCUUCGUUUUUAAUUUGAUGUUUCUGACCAGUUGCCAGUUUCGUGGUGCUGCUUAUUACAGCAAGCGUAUGGACUCCAUGCGCAGACAGUAGAGGGCGCUUUUUGACCACAUAUAAAAGCUCCAGUGGAGGGACACAUUGCGGGCGCGUACUGUUUUGCAUGUUUAUGGCGCGAAGUACGCACGAUUAUUUUAAUUUUUUUUACAAUUUAAAUUGUAAAUGUACGCAAAACAGUGGUAUCUCCCAACUCGACUUUUGUGAUCAUUGAAAGGGGUACUUGUGCACAAAUCCAUAGCGAAAAGAGUCGCGCAACCAUUUAGUAUAUUUUGUGGCUUAAAGAAGUGAA